GCCACAAACUGUUCCUGUGAUCCUAAAUGGAACGGUGUCUGUAGUUGUGCACAGUUUAGUCAAGUAAUAAAUGAGUGCAAUGUGGUUUGAAAGCUGCAGAAAAAGUUACUAAUUGGACCUUGAGUCAAACAUUCAAUACACAUAGUUUAUUUUUGUAUGUUUAAAUAUACAGAGAAAAAGAUCUUUCAGUUGAAUUGAAAGAAACGUGCCACUUAUAACUGAGAAUAUUAUACACAUGAUUUUAUUAAAUGAUUUGUCAUUAGAUAUAUGUUGUGAUCUUGACUGAUUGCAUGGCCAAUGCACAAAACAUGAAAUUGUUCAAAUAAAUAAGUUUUUUACGAAUGUUUUUGUUGCACCAAGGAGGCUUGCCAUAACAUGUUUCCCUGAUCCUGAAAGGAACUGUUUAUGUAAAUCGGUAAAAGGUUGUGGAUUAGCAGUUUUCAGUUGUAAAUGGCAUUUAAAAGCACCGCAUAUGCUUAUUUUCUCCCACUGCUGUUUGACAAGCUACAUGUCACUUAGCAUAGCUAGAGAGAGAAAGCACUGCAGCAGAAGUGGACACAGAGGACACUGAGGCAUUGGUUUUACAACCUGCCAGCGUUGGUCCCCUUGAUCAUGAGUGACACCUUACACACCUUUUCAGACAUGAAAGGUCUGGCAGGAGCUUGGUGACAGCUGCAUCCUCUGCCCAAAUAGCAACUGAGCCCCAAUACUGUGCCUUUUCCUAAAGCAACUCCUGAAACAGUUUGUCAGAAUAAUUAUGAUUGUUUUCCAGUGCAAAUCAGCUGGUCUCCCAAAGAGUUGUAAUUUGCUUGUGAAGGAUAUUUACACUUGAAAAACUCAAACAGGAAACAAGAAGCAUUACUCCAGGUAGCAAAUGACAGGAUUUUAAGACUCAGUACAAAGGCAGCAUAAUUAUUAUAAUUAUUUUGGCCCUUAAUUACACUGUCUGGAGACAUGGACAAUGAUUGUAGCUGAUUCGGAACCUUAGUUUCUCUGAUAUAUUUUAAAAACAAUUUGGCUGUGUAAAGCUAUACUCUUAAUAAGUAAAAAAAAAAUAGCUUGGGCUAUUUUUUGGGACCAUAUAACUUCCAGACUGAAGACACACGCAGGCCUGACUUGCCAGUGAGGUGUGAAGAUCUCAUGUGAUCCCACUCAUUCCUUCAUUAGACAAAUCACAUCAAACUGAUAAUUGUCGUCAUGCAGACUUUAAAGAGUAAUUUCCCUCAAAGGCAAUCUAAUUAUUUUUCUUUUUAUCACAUUAUGCGUCUAUUUAGCCUUAUUCACACCCCAGUGAUAAAUAACGACGGGGAAGGUCGCAUUUUGGCACUUGAGAUUUUCUUUGAACUUUUUUCGCCUCAGCUGUGAACCCAUAAACCUCCGGAGAUCUGCUUCUAUAUAAAAACGCUUUGGCAAAAUGACCUUCACAGAAUCUCACCCUUAAUGUCAUCCUCGCUGUGGACGGCAAGAAGCCUCGGGAUAUUUCUAACAUGAACCUGGAGGUUGUGACAGCUAAAAUACUGUCUGACUGGAAGAUCCAUGACAGUACGUUUGGAGAGGAUCUGGAUUCCCUUCAGUCCUCGUCCCCGGAGCCCUCGGUGGACUCCAUGUGCUCUUCACCGGAGAUGUGCUACCCCAGCGGGCAUCAGGAUAUCAAUGAUUUAUCUUUCGGCUUCAAUGAACGCAGGGCGACUCCAGCAGAGCAGAGGCUGAGCAAGCCCAAGAUGUCCACCAAAAGACGCAUGAAGGCCAGCGAGAGGGAGAAGAUGCGGAUGAGGAGUCUUGCAGAGGCUCUGCACCAGCUCCGUGACUACCUGCCGCCGGACUACAGCAAGAGAGGCCAACCUCUGACCAAGAUACAAACCCUCAAAUACACAAUUGAAUACAUCAACAAACUUUCAGACAUCCUCAGCCGCGCGUAACGGACGCACAUGGACCACUUUUACGCAUCAGGUUUACUCUCAUCUGGACAUUUGAUGGAGUUAGCUAUAUAUCUCUGAUGAAUGCUACAUCUUUAAGAUAACUUAAUCAUUCGAUAUCAUUUCAUGUUUUUCCUUCUCUGUUUUUUGCCCUUCUCUUGAUGUAAAUAUUUAGCGGGUACUUGGCAAUUAUUUUUGUAUAUGAAGAUGCCUGUGUUUGAAUUAUGAAUUCAGUAUCUGGAAAGAGAGUUUGCCGUUUGUUGAUUUGUAGCCUAUAUGUUUCGCUCACUGUAUCCUGAUGGGUGUGAAAUACAGCUUUACUAAAGAGGAAUCUCUCCAAUAUUCCUAUGUUUGUGUUAACAGAGAAUUUAGAGAAACUUUAUCAUCCUUGUUUUUCAUCUCUCAUACUUUGUGUGCUGGUGGGCUAUAUUUUAGAACUUAAGUAGCUGCGUGAUAUUUUAAAGUUUUGUUGUGUCUGAAAGCU